CUUCAGAAUCCAAAUCAGAAGUAGGCACAGCAACCCCUUCUCCUCUGUCGUGCCCCUGUGUUGUAUCAUGUGUUUUGCCAGGAUCGUUAGGAAGGACGUGGCAUGUGUGUGGCAAUCCAGAUCCCCAAAUUUCAGAAUCUGUUCUGUGGCAGCAGUGAAGUGCAAUACAUAAACAUUACUAUAAGUUACAGUAAGAAAUAUGCAAAAUAUAGCACGAUAGUGAGGUAGUGUUCGUGGGUUCGUGGACCGUUUCAAAAUCUGAUGUCAGAGGGGAAGAGGCUGCUCCUAAAAUUGUCACUAAGAUCUGAGGUUCUACCCCUCCAAGGUGCAUAGUGAAAGAAACGACAGCUGAAAGAUCAUCAGCAAUCACCACACUCAGCGUGCUGAUGUGAGAUGGCAGAACACCCUGUUCAGGUUUUUGUGUAUGGUUUACUUGUGAACUGUGGGAUUCUGGGGAAUGCCCUGGUUAUCUGGAUCGCUGCCGACUCCACCCGAGAGAACCGUUACCUUGCCUCGUCCGACCUCAUCCUGAUGAAUAUCGCCGGAGCAAACCUGCUGCUCUCCCUCACGAGGAACACCUUGCUCCUGACCUUUGACGCUGGUUACACCGUCUCGUUCUCCGACGUAGGGUGCAGAACGAUGAUGUUCAUCUGGACCUGGCUGAGGUCGUCAAGCAUCUGGGUCACCCUCAGUCUGAGCCUGUUCCACUUCAUCACAAUCAGAACAAGCCGAACCGCGUUGGAAAGAUUAAAUGAGAGAAGGAAGGUUGCCAAAGCUAUGGUGAUUGAAUGGGCUUUGAGCUUUGUGUAUUCAAGCUUUGCACUGUGCUAUUCAUCCAAUACAAAGACUAACAGUACCAAUAAUUUAAUGUUAAUUAGUAGCACCAUCAGGCCUUUGCUCGGCUGUGUGUGGACAUUUCCAAAUGAUGUUAGUGGUCUUAUAUACACAAUGGUCUCUGUUGUAAUUCAUGAAGCAAUCCCAAUAACUCGAAUGAUUUUUGCAAACUUUGCCACCUUGUUAUUUCUGUAUAAUCACUAUAGAAAAACCCAGGACGCGAUGUUCAAUAAACAGAUCAGCACCGAAUGGAAAGCAGCCAAGACCAUCCUGUACCUGAUUCUGCUGUUUAUUUUUUGCUGGGGCACACAUGUGUUUUCAGUGAAUUAUUAUAAUUUUAAGGGCAGCCCCUCGACACGCUACAUGCUCAUUAUCGCUUGGUUUUCUGCCUCGGGGUUUUUGGGAUUCUACCCACUGGUGGUGGCAACAGGCCAUGGCAAAUUAAGAAGGAAAAUGGCAAACAUCUUUAGGUUUGGGUGGCUGAAAUUCCCUAGCCAAAGUAACUGA